GAAGGAAGUGGCUUUCAUUAGUAGUAGUGGCGGAGGUGGCGGUAGUGGAACCGCGCGGCGCGGCGGCACACUUCGAGCUUCUCUUUGUAAGUUUCCAACAGUAUCACGCACCUUUCGCAGGUGAAACAAACCGUGUUGUGUUCUGGACAAUUAUUAUCUAUACGAAUAUAACGUAAGAAGGAAAACCAAUGUGUUCAACCAGGAGUGACGGCCUCGGCCUUGCUACUGUUACCGGUAUACUAUGUCAUUGAGAAGAUCCGUUUGAACGAACAAGCAGAUUUCUCCGCUUGCCUUCUUUCCUUCUUUUACCACGUGCUUUGAAUUCUUUUCAAUUUUUAAACAACUUUUGUCGCUGCCGUUCCAUCGGUUUCUUUACAAGUUACUCAUUGUCAGUGCUAGUUUCUGUGCGAACUUUGUUAACCAGUCAGAAUGUACAAACUUAUUUUCUUCCUCGUUCCAAUUUUCGGAGCAUUCCACGAGACCGCAGCCGCCUCACAGCACGUUAGCAAAGAUCUCUCCAACCGCUAUAAUGCUCGUUUUCACGUCUACGAAGAACCGUACAACAUCGAGUUCACAUAUCAUAAUUACGAACAAAUGAGCCGUUUUCUACGAGCAACGUCGCUUCGAUUUCAGAACUUAACUGCCUUAUACUCUAUAGGAAAAUCUGUGAAAGGUCGUGAUUUGUGGGUAAUGGUUGUGUCCUCCUCGCCUUACGAGCAUAUGAUCGGUAAACCUGAUGUGAAAUAUGUUGCCAAUAUACAUGGGAACGAAGCCGUGGGUCGUGAAUUAAUGUUACACCUUAUUCACCAUUUUGUGACCAAUUAUGGAUCAGAUCCAUAUAUCACUUGGCUUCUAGAUAACACUAGAAUUCAUAUUCUUCCGUCAAUGAAUCCUGACGGAUUUGAAGUAUCGAAGGAAGGAUACUGCGAGGGUGGACAGGGCAGAUAUAACGCUCGUGGUUUUGAUUUGAACCGCAAUUUCCCUGACUACUUUAAACAAAAUAAUAAAAAGAGUCAACCAGAAACGGAAGCUGUCAAAGAAUGGGUAUCGAAAAUUCAGUUUGUCUUAUCCGGAAGUUUGCACGGGGGUGCCUUGGUUGCCAGUUACCCAUUUGAUAACACACCAAACUCGCUGUUUCAGAGUUACACUUCAUCACCAAGUAUUUCACCGGACGACGAUGUGUUUCAACAUCUAUCGCUAAUGUAUUCUCGUAACCAUGGAUCUAUGUACCAUGGAUUGCCUUGUUCAUCAACGCAACCAGGAUUUAAGAAUGGUAUCACCAAUGGUGCUCAAUGGUAUCCGCUUACUGGAGGAAUGCAAGAUUUCAAUUACGUGUGGAACGGAUGUAUGGAAAUUACUUUGGAACUGUCGUGCUGUAAAUAUCCACCCGCUUCAGAUUUGAAAUUUUAUUGGGAGGAAAAUCGUGUGGCUCUCAUCAAGUUCUUAGCAGAGGCUCACAGAGGAGUUCGUGGAUUUGUCGUGGAUGAAAACGGAAACCCCAUUGAAAGAGCAUCUAUCAAAGUGAAAUCAAGAGACGUUAGUUUUCUCACUACAAAAUAUGGUGAAUUUUGGAGAAUCUUACUGCCAGGAGUAUACAAAUUAGAGGUAUAUGCAAAUGGAUAUAUGCCCCGUGAUGUUGAAUUUAGAGUAUUAGAGCAGCACCCUACGUCUUUCAAUGUAACAUUAUACAGAGCAAGCAGGCACCCAAAUGAGGAUGAAGCUGCAUCUAACUUUUACAGUGGAAACAGGGACCAUAUUAAUCGGGAUCAUGUGAUACAUUUUCGACCACAUUCUGGAGCCAAUACAGCUUCAGAAUCAAAUAACGGAAUUUUUUCUUCCCUUAGUAAUGGAUUCAAUUCUUUUGUGAACAACUGGUUUGGAUGAUUGAUUAUUAGUUAGCAGACGAUUGGUUCAAUAGCACUGUUGUUUCAUAUUAACAUUAUAUAAACUUUGAGACUAGAAUUGUAAAUAGCAGUCAGCUAUGUUACAAACGUUGUUGAAAAUUAAUAAUAUACACUGUACUUUGAAUAACAAGAUUUGGUGAAAAUAUUAAGAGUACAAUUUAACUUGUACAUAUCAUAGUUCGGCAUGAAUGAAUGUCUUUUUGUAUUAAUUACUUUUCUAAUUUUGUAACCUUUUAUAAUUUUAAUAAUUUAUUUUUUAUUUGUAUUAGGCCAAGGUAAUAAUUACUUGUAUUUUUAUUACCGUGCACUGAUGAUUAUUAUUUAAGAAAUAAUUUAAUGUAAUAUUUAUUAAUAACAGAGUAAAACUAAACAGAAUUGCGUUCGAUUCUACUUUAAUUUGAUUGUGACGCAAAAAUUUUAAACAUUGUCCUCAUUAUACGAAAUAGAAAUGUAUUUAAAAACAGAAAUUAUUUAAUUCUAUAGAAAAAUGCAAUAAUAGAAAGAAAAGUAAUGUAUUAUAAUCAUAGUGAAACUUAUAUUUAAGAAAACUUGUUAAG